GAUAGAAAGCAAAUUCCUGCGCUGCAAGUGUUGAGCACCUCGGCCUUCUGCAAUUGUAGAUGUAACUUCCUAAACUGCUGCUUUGCACCCAGUUCCACCAAAAGGACCUCAGUGAAAAGAAAAGGAGAUUCUGCAAAGCUGGAGAUGGUGACCCAAGGGGUGGGACAGCGGAAUAUAAACCCCUGAAGUUCAGAAUCUGAAAUGACAGGUGAGAAGAGGCCCUGGAGCCCCUGGAGCCCCAGGACCAAUCUUUUCCAAACCCAAGAGAAUUUCAACUGGAGAGAAAAUUCAAGGCUGCAGGGGCCAGAGAAAGACUCCAGCCAGAGACCCCACUGAAAAUGCCUUUGCUGGUCUUCUGGAGCAUAACACUUGCUCUCCCAUGCUUCAGCUUUUUCCUUGGCUGCACGGUGUGUUGGUAUCAACUGAAGAAGCGUCGUCUUAGCAAGAGCAAAGCAGAGCCGUUGGAUCAGAUGCUGUUGGAACUGGAGGUAGCCCAACCUUCUGUAAAGAUGGUAGCACCCAUCCAGGAGCAAUAUGUCCAAAUAGAAGGGGAGGUCCAAAAUAACCCACCGCUUACCGCUGCUAAUCUACCAGGUUUGUCCAUCCAGGAGACCCCACAGAAGAGCUUCCUUUGUGGCCGAGCCUCCCUUCCCAAUAUCCCCGUUCCUCAAAAACUGCUGAUCCGGUCCCACCUAGGCUGGACACGUCGAUGUACCAUCUCUGGGGACAACAGAUUUGCCAGUGAAAGGACCCUUCUCUCCCAUCCCAUUCUGGGCACCAACUCCCCAUCAUCUUACUUUGUUUCAAGAACCUCUUCCAACAACACCACUACAAAGACACGGCCUCAUCUUCACUUUGGACUGUUUUACUCCCAACCCCGAGCCCUGCUGACAGUGACAGUGAUCAGGCUGUCCCACCUUCCCACAGGGUUUUGGGCCAGUCGGAAUUCCUAUGUCAAAGUGUACGUCCUGCCAAGGUUUGAUGAACCCCAGCGCACUGCCCUGCACAAAAAGAGCCUCCACCCUGAGUUCCAUGAACAAUUCCAGUUUGGCCGCUACAGUUUGGAAGACCUAUCAAGGCUGACCCUCCGCUUUGCUGUCUACACCAAGAACUUCCACAGCAUAAAGAAUUCGUUCCUCGGAGAGGUGAUGUUUCCGUGCACCCAGGUGGCAUGGAAGCAAAACAUUUCCUCUGUUUACACACAGGAGCUGUCACCCACCAAAACCAAAAUCAAAAAGUGUUUCAGCUCUCAGGACAGAAGAUCUUCUGCUUGGCUGUCUCAGCCCAACUCAGUGGGGCAACUUUUCCUCCUGCUCCAAUAUCAAGCUCUGGCCAACCGCAUCAAAGUUCUGGUCCGCAAAGCAGAGAACCUGGAGAGGCUCACCUGCUUUCCUGGGACACCAGACCACUAUGUUAUGAUCAAUUUCUACCAUGAUGGGAAAGUCAUUGACAUGAAAGAGACCAAGUCCGUAGCAGGUUAUAACCCUGUAUGGAAUAUCCCAUUCCUCUUCAGUGUUCCUGCUGGAGAUAUCCAGAAACAACGACUGUUUCUGGAGUUCACAGUUAUCCAAGCUCACCUCUUUCCCCGCAGCUGGGUUGUGGGUCGAGUUUUGAUUGGGCCUGAUGUCCCAGGGAUGGGGCAGCUCCACUGGAAAGAGAUGUACACCCUGGGAAAUGUGGAGUCUGCCCGCUGGCACUUGAUACAGCCUGAAGGUUUUCAGCCCUAACCUGGAUGCCCUGGAGUAUCAUCUGCCUCUUGUGGCAAAAAGUGCCAAUCCUUCUUGUGUCUGGAAGAAAGGAAUUCUGGGGACAAAGCAACAGCAGCCAUGCCAGUGAAGACUCAAAGCUAGUUCCAAGUGCUCUCAAGUCAGUUCUAAGUCUUCUCAAGUAUAUUCCAAGUAUUCUCAAAUGGACAAUCCUGGUUAUUUGUCCAGAAAGAAAUGAGUUUGUUGGGAGCUCUUCAAAACUCUGGAUUAAAACAAUAGAUUCCAAUCCAGGUGGAAGAGAGGAUGGAAACAGAAAGGACCACAGAUCAUUUUUCAUUGCCACGUUGAUGGCUCUCGACUCAAGGCAUGUACUGCAGCAACUGCUAGAGACCUGAUUUAUCUGCAUAACUCUUGAUGACUAGUUACAAACAGAAAUCAAAAAUUUUAUCAGAAAAGUCAAACUAGGCAUUGUGCUCAGAAGCAGACUCAAGAGCAAAGCACCAUGAUGCAGAGAAGAAUUCUGCACAAGAGCCACUGCUGUGGAAUGAACACCGUCAUGGGUGAGCUCCAGGGAGCAUGCAUGCUUCUAAUGAUAUCCUCAGAGCAACCUUGUAAGGCAUGUUGAGAUGUGAGAGACUUACCUGAAGUCACCCAGUAAGCUUUCAGAGCUGAGGUUAGAGGUCAACAAGAUCUCCCCGCUUAGCGCAACACUCAUUACUGCACUAUGCUGGUUUUUGAUGACAUGUGCUACUGUGUACCUACUCUUUCAUAAUGAGAAACUGUUGCUUUCCCCCAUUCUGCAGUCCAACUAUGAGGACAUCUAUUAUAUAUCUGGCCAUCCUAGUCUGAUCUUAAAAAGCUAUGCAGAGUCAAACUAUACACUUGACUAGUGCUUGGAUGGGAGAUUGUCAGGAGAUUCCAAGCUGAUGGAGAAACAGGGAAGAUGUUUCUCAGCACUGUGGAAGAAGACAGUGGCAAAUCGUAACUGCAUUGUCACCAAGAAGACUAUGGGUUUGUGUCUGUGAAAUCCCAGGUGAUGGGUCUCUCUUACCCAAACGAUGCUAUUAUUUCACAAUGUGGUUAGCCAGCUUAGUGGAGUGUUUCAAAGCCUGCUGACUCAUUCCACCAAGCAAGGUCCUUAGUCCUCACCCUUCAAUUGUACCCUGAAGACAUCAUAGCUCUUGUAAUCUGUACAGGAGGUUUGGAAUGAUGGGAGUACUGUUCACAAAGGGGAGUGUGCUGAAAGGAAACCAAAGCCUCUAAGUAGCACAACAACAGAAGCAAUCGAUGAUGAGGAGGAGGAGGAGGAGGAGGAGGAGGUUACAAAGAAACAAGUAUGGAUAAAUGACAUUGCAGUAACUGAAGCUAAAAGGGUCAGUGAGAACAAGCUAGAAAAAAAAUAGGGAAAUAUAAAGACCUUCAAGUAGAGAUUGAGCAAGUGUGGAAAAAGAAAGCACCAGUGGCCUUAACGGUGUGCUUGGUGCUAUCCCAGAUGAUCUGGAAAAGCUCUUGAACACGAUAGGAAUGGAGAGAAUCUCAUUAAUGACAAGAAGAUACACUACUUGGAACAGUGCAUAUAUCGUUACGCUUUUAUAUAUAUAAUUUUACUAAAAGUUUUAAAAACAAAGAUUAAAAACUAAUACAGACUAAUAUAGGA